GUAGAUCAUCACACUAAGCUUAACCCAUACUUCGAGCGGUAGAUUUCCACACGUUCCAUAAACAGCCUACCGUUUCCGUUGCGCAUAAACUCUGGCUGUCAUUGGCCUUGUUUCGGAAAUCACUAGGUUAGGCACUUUCAACGCGGCAUAGUCGUUUUUAUCACGACACGGGGAUAUAGGAGAGCUCUAUGAGACCCAAAAUUGCUUAACCUCCAUAUAAUAGCGGGAUUCGCGAUUGCGUGUCUGAAAAUAUGCUGGAGCCAUGGGAUGAAGCUAUCGCCCUUCAGAAGGAGCGUCAAUUUUGCACAGAUGAUGUACAAUCUAUUAAAACGUCCUGUCUUAAGGACCAUGGCAAGAGGCAUCCUAUCGAGUGUCCAGAUUGUUGGACCCGUCUCCUUAACCGCAUAAGGGAUCGAUAUCUCAACUCGGCUUCUAAGGAAUGGUUUUCUGGCCGGCGACCGUUUCUACUGGAGCUUGAUACUAUGUUUUCUAAAGCUCACAAUUUUGAGGUUGAUCUCAAGACUAUUGAGCAGCGCAUAGUUGAUGAGAAGAAGGAGUGGUACCGAGACAAAGUAAAAAAUAUAGGACUUCAACAUAUUACAAAAUCCCCAGCCGAGGAUCGAAUUCUACAGCAAAAGAUCAACGACCGGAGCAUAUCCGCAGAUCAGCUUGCUUCAGAACUGAGGGCGUCCUUUAGCGACGGCGCUGUCAAGAACCAAGAAGCAUUCGACGAAUUUAUAGAACGGCUGAAACAUACUAACUUGCCCCAGGCACGGGUCGAAGCAUACAUUGAUAUAUUUUUUCAACCUGCUCAUGACCCUUCGGUUGCGGCAAAAGCCCGGAAGUACAUCGACAUGGUUAGAAAUGGGACGCCAAUUGCGGACACCAUCAGUGUCAUGAUCCGUGACCGGCAUUUAGCUAAAGGUGACCAAGAUCAAAAACAGGCACUUCAUAAGCAGCUCGAAGAACUGAAGAGGGCUAAAGCAGCACACGAACUGGGUAAAGCGAAGAGCGAUAAGGCCCAGCAGGAUAAGACCAGAGAAACCGUACGCCCUGAUGAUCAGCACUCUCUACCGUCGUGUUCGGUAUGCUCGAAAACCCCAGAUGCGCAAGACUUUAUUAUAUGUCCCCUAUGCCAAAUUCUAGGCGAUUUUUAUAGAUUUAGAGUCGAGCCUACCGUCUUCUGUUCUCAGAAGUGUGCAGACGACCGUUAUGAGGCACAUGUUGAAGCAAGACAUGAGUGUGCAUCCGGCCAGCGAUGUGUCCUCCUCCAUGACGAAGAUAUCGAGAUGGAUGACGGAAGAACUGUUUUAGUCUUCUGUCGGGAGUGCGUAGAAACGCUCGGUAUCCCAUCCGUCUUUUGCUCGGCUCGCUGCUUUAACGAGAACUUCCAGCAUCAUCGCGACGGCGUCCAUAUUCCCCGGCGGAAGAGCACUCAGCAUGAGGUUAAAGAUGAAAAUCAGCUUGAGUUCAACCCGGAAGAUAAGACGAGGUAUAGCGCUAGAAAGAUCGAAGAGCAUCUGGUCACAUUUGAUAAUGCUAUAGCAGAAUGGCAGCAGAAAACAAGCGCUACAGUGAAAUAAGGGCUACGAAGGUAUAUAAACUUCUUCUCUUCUUGUACUUUUAUAAAUUAAGGACGAAACCGGCUGAAUAGAGAAGGGUAAUAAUGCGUAUAA